CACACUGGCAGCAGAUAGGAACCAAUCUGGAGGAUGAGAAGGACUCUUCUGCUGCAGCUGGUCUCUCUGGCCUUUGCCUCCUGGGCUCCUCUGGCUGAUGGAGCUAAUUUCAAAGUGAUGUCCGCCCCCAACCUGAUGCGAGUAGGAACAGCAGAAAACAUCUUUGUGGAAUGUCAGGACUGCACUGGCGGGGACAUGGUCGUCAGCAUCAGCGUGAUGAACCAUCCGGCCAAAAACAAGAAGCUGACUGGGACAUUUGUGACCCUCAACAGGGCGAAUAACUACCAGGGGUUUGGAAAAAUAACUAUACCGGCAGCAGAAUUCAGCAAGGAUCCCACCAUGAGGCAAUAUGUUUACGUUCAAGCCAAUUUUCCAGACAAAUCUCUGGAAAAAAUGGUCCUGGUGUCCCUCCAGUCUGGGUACAUCUUCAUACAGACGGACAAGACGCUCUAUACUCCCAACAGCAGGGUUUAUUUCAGGUUGUUUGCCUUGACUUCCCAAAUGGAGCCUGUGGGCACAAACAAUCAGAACCAAGAUGUUGGUGUGCUCAUCGAGAUUAUGACGCCUGAUGGAAUCAUCAUUCCUUGGGAUACAGUCACUUUGAACUCUGGUUUAUUCUCUGGAGAUUACCAACUUAGUGAGAUUGUUAGCCCUGGACUGUGGAAGGUGGUGGCAAAGCUCCAAAGCAACCCACAGCAGAGAUAUUUUGCUGAAUUUGAGGUCAAAGAAUAUGUACUUCCUAGUUUUGAGGUUAAGUUGGUGCCGGUGGUCCCUUUCUUCUACGUCGACAGUGACCAACUUACCAUCAACAUCAAAGCUAAGAAACUAUCUGUACAGGAGGUUCAUGGGACUGCUUAUGUGAUGUUUGGUAUCAUGGAAGAUAACGUGAAGAGAAACAUCCCACACUCUCUCACACGAGUCCCAGUUGUGGAUGGCGAAGGGCAGGUCACACUGCAAAGGAAUCAGAUCACUCAGACUUUCCCAGAAAUUCAUCUUCUUGUAGGAAAAUCAAUCUUUGUGUCUGUCAGUGUGCUGACAGACAGCGGCAGUGAAAUGGGGGAAGCAGAGUUGAGAGGCAUCCAGAUUGUCACGUCGCCGUACAAAAUCACCUUCAGAAAAACCCCCAAAUUUUUCAAACCAGGAAUGCCCUUUGACGUUGUGGUUGAAGUAGUACAUCCCUAUGACACUCCAGCAGAACAUAUCCCAGUGGUAGUAAGUCCCGGUGAGGUGAGGGGAGUCACAGCAGCCAAUGGGAUGACAACACUCACCAUUAAUACACCAGCAGCGGCUUCCAAACUGAGAAUCACUGCAAAAACGGACAAACCCGAUCUUACACCAUCAAGACAAGCAGCGGCUGAGAUGGAAGCAUCAGCUUUUUUGUCCAGUAGCAAGAGCUAUAUCCUCAUAGCCACAUACACAACUGAGGUAAAAGUAGGAGACAACCUGAGAAUAAACCUCAAUCUCAAUAAACCACCACAGGAAAAGGACAUCACAUACCUGAUCCUAAGUAAAGGCCACUUGCUGAAAUCUGAGCGCUACAGAACAAGAGGCCAAGCUCUAAUUUCCCUAAAUCUUCACAUCACCAAAGAGAUGUUGCCCUCAAUCCGCAUCAUAGCCUACUACCACUCAACCGAUAAUGAAGUGGUGUCGGACUCUGUUUGGGUGGAUGUGAAAGACUCGUGCAUGGGCUCGUUGACCUUGGAAUCAAAGAGACCGCUUCCAUCCUAUGAACCUCGCAUGAUGUUCACUCUGAAAGUCACAGGAGAUCCAGGGGCCACAGUGGGACUCGUCGCAGUUGACCAAGGCGUCUACGUUCUGAACAACAAGCACCGUCUCACCCAGAAAAAGGUGUGGGACGAGGUAGAGCAUCAUGACAUAGGCUGCACACCAGGUGGUGGGAGCAACAGUAUGAACGUGUUCUUUGAUGCUGGGCUGAUGUUUGAGUCAAGCGUCGCUUCAGGAACUGCCUACAGACAAGAGCUGAAAUGCCAAACAGCAUCCAGACAGAAAAGAGACACAACUACUGAGGAAGUCACGACUACCCCACGUGAAUCAGAUGACAGCUACGUGGACAGCGAUGCAAUUUUUUCUCGAACCAAGUUCCCUGAAAGUCUGCUGUGGACAGACAUCCAGCUUCCUGUUUGCCCAGCAAAUAAACCUAAUUGUGAAUCCACGUCGUUAGAGAAACAUUUUCCACUGCGUGAUUCAAUUACAACCUGGCAGUUCACCGGCAUCAGUCUCUCAAGAACACUUGGUCUCUGUGUUGCCAAGCCGUUGGAGGUUAUUGUUCGCAAGGAAUUUUUCAUUGAUCUCCAAGUCCCUUAUUCUGCCGUCCGAGGGGAGCAGCUUGAAAUAGAAGCAAUCCUUCACAAUUACAGCCCAGACUCUAUUACUGUUCGUGUGGAACUGAUUGAGGAAGAGAACGUGUGCAGCGUAGCCUCCAAGCGUGGGAAGUACCGACAGGAGGUCAGAGUUGGAAGCCAAACUACACGAUCUGUACCAUUCAUCAUUAUUCCAAUGAAGGAAGGACAUCGUAACAUCGAGGUCAAGGCAGCUGUCAAGGACUCAUACCUUAAUUACGGAGUUAUUAAGAUGCUGCGCGUUGUGCCUCAAGGUGUACUGACCAAAGUAACCCAGAGUAUAGCUUUAGAUCCAGCUGUCAGAGGUCAAGGUGGAACACAAGUGGAAACCCUGAACAGCAAUAUUUCCAGGACAAAUUUGGUACCAAACGCACCAACCAGCACACAAGUUUAUGUGACUGGCAGAGACCUAACUUCUUGGCUUUUGGAGAAUGCCAUUAGUGGCAGAUCCAUGGGUACUCUGAUCUACCAGCCCUCAGGCUCUGGUGAACAGAACAUGUUCCACAUGACUAUGCCAGUCAUUGCAACCACAUAUUUGGACAAAACCAAUCAGUGGGAGGCUGUUGGUUUGAACAAACGUAAUGAGGCUAUUCAGCACAUAAAAACUGGAUACAACAACGAGCUAGCGUAUCGUAAAGGCGAUGGCUCAUUUGCUGUGUUUACUAAUCGUGGAAGUAGCACCUGGCUGACAGCUUAUGUGACCAAGGUGUUUUCUUUAGCUUACAACUUGAUAGCAGUGCAAAAUGAUCACAUCUGUGGCGCUGUGAAGUAUCUGAUCCUCAACGCUCAGCAACCUGAUGGCAUGUUUAGAGAAGUUGGAAAUGUACACCAUAGAGAGAUGCAGGGCGAUGUGCUUGGCGCAGACUCGGAUGCCUCCAUGACGGCCUUCUGCCUGAUUGCCCUGCAGGAAACGCGCACAAUAUGCGGAGCAACUGUAGAUAGUCUUCCGUCCAGCAUAGAAAAAGCAGUCACCUACCUUGAGAGACGUCUCCCCAACCUCGUCAGCCCUUAUGCCGUCGCCAUUACAUCAUACGCCCUGGCCAAUGAAAACAAACUUAACCGGGAAAUCCUCUACAAGUUUGCUUCUCCUGAGUUAAACCACUGGCCUUCAUCUGGAGGACAAAUGUUCACACAAGAGGCAACAGCUUAUGCUCUCUUGGCUCUGGUCAGAGCUCAGCGCUUUGAAGAUGCAAAGCCUAUUGUUAGAUGGUUUAACCAACAACAGUUUGUGGGUGGAGGCUUCGGGUCAACACAGGCCACUAUUAUUAUGUACCAGGCCGUGGCAGAGUACUGGACCAAAGCUACGGAAUCAGAAUACAAUCUAAAUGUUGAGAUCUUGUUGCCGGGCAGAUCAAACCCUGACAAGUUCACCUUUAACAGAGAAAAUCAGUUCACCACAAGAACAUCUAAAUUUAAUGGCAUCAACCAGGAUGUGAAAGUUACUGCCACAGGAAUUGGAGAUGCAACAGUGAAAAUGGUGUCAUUGUAUUACGCCAUUCCUAAAGAAAAUGGAAAUGACUGCCAGAAGUUCAAUCUCUCUGUGCAACUAAUCCCAGAAAUAUUGGAUGGGGAUAGGAAGACAUACAGACUUAGGAUAGAUGUUUUGUAUGUGGACAGGAAUCGAGACGCAACCAUGUCAAUCUUGAACAUCGGCCUUCUAACUGGCUUCACUGUUGACACGACGGAUCUCGACUUGUUGUCUAAAGGACGCGCCCGCGCCAUUGCUAGAUACGAGAUGAACACAGUUCUGUCCGAAAGAGGCUCACUCGUCAUCUAUCUGGACAAGGUUUCACACACACGACCAGAGGAGAUCAGCUUUAGGAUCCAUCAGACAUUAAAAGUUGGCGUUUUACAACCAGCAGCCGUGUCUGUCUAUGAGUACAACGACCAAACACCAUGUGUGAAAUUCUACCAUCCGGAGAGGAAAGGAGGACAACUGCUCCGGCUCUGUAGAGAUAAUGAUUGCACCUGUGCAGAAGAGAACUGCAGUAUGCAGAAAAAGGGUCAAAUUAGCAACAACGAGCGCACAGUUAAGAUCUGCGAGAGCACGGAGACCAGCAAGAUAGAGUUUGCGUACAAAGCUAGGGUGGAAAAUACUGACUUUGAGGUGGCUACAGACUUGUACAUAAUGACCAUAGUGCAAGUUAUUAAAGAAGGAAGCACUGAUGUUAAUCCUGUUGGUAGGCUGCGCUCAUUCUUCAGUUUUCAGCACUGCAGAGAUGCUUUAAGUCUGGAAAAGGGCAAAACUUACCUCAUCAUGGGAUCAUCCAAAGACAUUCACAGAGACGACCAGAAGCUAGAGUUCCAGUAUGUGCUCAGGGAGAGGACCUGGAUCGAGUACUGGCCCUCAGAAGUAGAGUGCCAGACCGAAGAACAUCGACCUACCUGCAUGGGCAUUGAGGACAUGGUCGAUGAAUACUUAAUUUUUUCUUGUGAGCAGUAGCUGAACUCAAGGAAAUAACCGUCCAAUUUUAAAUAUGUGUGGGGGACCAAUUGCUGGGGAGUUUAGAUCAAGGACCCCCCCUUCCAUUAAAAUGAUUCUAUUCUUGUUCCUAUGAAUAUUUUGCUUUGUUUUGUUAAUAAAAAGCACUGUGAUUCAUUGUCCAUGUGAAGGUGUACAUUCAUAUAUUGUAUAUGUUAACUAUUCUGGCUGAGAGUGAAAGGAGUUUAGAAUAGCAUCACUUUUGAACAGGCGCUUAGGGCAGCUUUGCGUCCUAAGUGCUUGCGGUGUUGAAGAAGCCGAGUAGGAGAUAGCAGCCUGAGUGUGACGCAUGUUGGAUUAUGGAUGUUGUUCGUGCUUCGAGAAAAAAAAGAAAGUAAAGGAAAUUUACAACAAC